UGUUCUUUUGUUAAUUUCAGUCGGUGUUUGACGCUGAAGAUAUGAAGCCGUGUUAUAGAUAUAUCACCUGUUUAAAUACCGUCAUACUAGUGUGUGCGAUAGUGGCCAAUAAAAUACCGGAUAUGACAGAUACAAACAAAACAGAACUGCGACCACUUCUCAUAUCAGCAGGACUGGGAGACAUUAUCUUUAUAUCUGCCCCGAUUGUUAACAACACUGACAUUUAUUACUACCUCAGCAAUCCGAACGGCGAUAGCACAAAACUGAACAUCAACAUUAGCAGAGUUAUAAUCGAUCAUUAUAUGGGACAGUCACGAAAUUACGCCUAUCUAUGCAAUAAUAUGACAGUAUAUUACGAUGGCGUUAUGAGAACAAUAAUGGCCACGACAAUAAAACGAAAGAUAAUUAAUUUUAAUUACGAAAAUCAAUGUCACGAUUCUUACGAUUAUUAUAAACAUAAUGAUUUCUCUAUCGGACCGCUUGGUGAAGACGAUCAUGGCAACUGGGUGCUAAGCGCGUAUUAUGAAAACGAUGAUGGAGAUUGGAAUGAAUUGUUUCAAGUCAUAACUAUUGAAAUAGUGGAACCACUGGCAACAUACACAGCAAAGGUAAAACUAAUACCCGGCCAAACAUUCAAACCACGUUUCCUUUACCCGAUAAAUUAUCUAGAAAGUUGCGAAAUAAACGCCCCUCGGACAACAUUUGACAGGUUUUACGAUAGAGACACUCUACACAUGGAUUCCUGCGGGUUCAGGAUACCAAAUGUGACCAAAAACGAUCAAGGACAUUGGAAUAUAUUAGGCGUUGGUAAGAUAGUUUACACGGGGAAUGUUUAUUUGAACAUAGAUGAUAAAGAUUUAUGA